GCGCCCCAGAUGGCAACGGGGGUUGAAUCCAGCAAUAUUGGACAGCUACUGUCUGUUUCGUAGCAUUUAGUGACGCGAUCUCCAAGAGCAAACAACUAUCGUGCGUGACUAGUGAAUAACGUUACGAAUAUGACGAUGGAUGUUAGUAAUCGCAAGGUGGAUUUACGGGGUGAUACACAUAUCGAUAACACAAGUGAUAGGAUUCAAAUGACGGCGAAAACUUCAGUGAAAAGACCGUUCGACGUCGCCUUCCUGAUGUUACCUGACGAAAAACUGAAGCAGAAGAAGUUGGCCAAGUAUCAUCAAGAGAGGAAAAUCGAGGUGACAAUACCUGAACCCGAGGAUGAAGACGAGGAGAUCGAGGUAGGAAAUCAUCAUGACAUCUUGAGAAACGAAUGCAAAAUCCAGAAAUUCCUGCAUCAGAAACAGCAGAUCUUCGACGAUCCUGGUCUGAUCAAGGCCAAGAACUUGCAGGAACUCAGGGCUAAGGCUUCGCCAAACCACGAACAGAAGAGUGCUUUCACCAAAGUUAAUCUAGUGAAUAAGGAAACCACCAGCAUAUCACCUGCACUGUCUAUCAGUCCAGAUCUAACCUAUCAACAUUCUUUGAGUCCAUCACCUCCGAUACGUCAGUACCAAAAUUUUUCGAAUAAUUUGAUACCUCAGACACACAUGUUCAAAACACAAGCGAAUGGGUAUCCUGCAAACUUUGAUGGCUUCAAUGGUAAUCACAUGAUGGAUGGGCAUCACUUUCUCAUGAAGACAGACAAUAUGUUAGCCAGCAACUUAGGAAAGGUCAGGCCUAUGUAUAGACCUGAGCUGGCCUACAACUAUGGACAAUUCCCUUCACACACGGAAAUGAUGAAAAUGAGCCCAACAACUCCUGAUCUAGGCCUUAGAAACCCUGCCGCUGCAAUUCUAACAUCUCUAUUGCCACCCUCGCUUGCUGCUCUGUCCUUGCCUGCUCAAAAUGUUUGUGCGAAAUGCAACAUAUCCUUCAGGAUGACUUCGGACCUCGUGUACCACAUGAGGUCUCACCAUAAGAACGACUCGGUAGAUAUGCAUAAGAAAAAGAGGGAAGAUAAGUUGAAGUGUCCAGUUUGCGCAGAAUCUUUCAGGGAAAGGCAUCAUCUAACGAGGCAUAUGACUGCGCAUCAAGACAAGGAGGAUGAUGAUAUCAUUAAGAAGAAGGACGUUUUACAGUAGAUCUUCUGGGUGGUUGGAACUUGUACAUAUAUUUAUAAAUAUAUUUGUUAGGGUCGUUGUAUAAUGUAAAAAUGUUGAGUUUUUGAUUUGAUGAAGAUGAGGAUGCGUUGGUAUUCGAUUGUGAUUUUGUCACUUUUGGGUAUGAGCGCAUUAGAUGAGUUAUUAUGUGCAAUAUUAAUAUUUAAUUGUAUAGGA